AUGUCUAAUAGAAAAGGGGUGUCUUUAGAUUUUUUAAAACCAGUAAUUGAAUUAGAGUACCAAGUAGAUCAGUUAGGUAAAAUAGCUGGUCACAAUAAAUUAUGGGUUUAUCAGCAAUUAUAUAUCUUUCAAAAAAAAUUGGCCGAUUUAAAAAAAGAAAUAUUUCAUUCAUUAACUCCUUUACAAAGAUUACAUUUAGUACGCCAAGCUGAUAGACCUACAACCUUAGAUUAUAUACCAUAUAUAUUAGAUAAUUGGAUUGAGCUUCAUGGUGAUCGCGGUGGUGCAGAUGAUUUAGCUUUAGUUGGUGGAAUAGGACGAUUGAAUGGUUCUACGGUUAUGUUUGUUGGUCAUCAACGAGGUAAAGAUACAAAAGAUAACGUUGUAAGAAAUUUUGGUAUGGCAUCUCCUGGGGGUUAUAGAAAAGCAUUACGCUUAAUGCAGCAUGCCAACAGAUUUAAUUUUCCUAUACUAACUUUUAUUGAUACACCUGGGGCAUGGGCAGGUAUUGAAGCAGAAAGAUUAGGUCAAGGUGAAGCAAUUGCAGUAAAUUUACGAGAAAUGUUUUCUUUUAAUGUUCCUAUAAUUUGUACAAUUUUAGGUGAAGGAGGAUCUGGUGGAGCAUUGGGUAUUGGAAUUGGUGAUACAAUAUUAAUGUUAGAGUAUGCAGUUUACACGGUAGCAACUCCAGAGGCGUGUGCAGCUAUUUUAUGGAAAGAUAGUAAGUUAUCUUUGGAAGCAGCAGAAGCUUUAAAAAUAACUUCUUCAGAUUUAAAAGUUUUAGGAGUAAUUGAUAGAGUUGUUCAUGAGCCAAUAGGAGGUUCACAGUCUAAUCCUCAACAAGCAGCUCUUACACUAAAACAAGAGCUUAUUACGGAAUUGAAUAUAUUGCAAAAAUUUACAAAUGAUGAAAGAAAAGAAUUAAGAUAUCAAAAAUUUCGCAAAAUGGGAACAUUCUAUGAAGAAUAG